AUAUUUAUUCAUUUCCUAAUCAGCUUUCGGCAGAUCAUGAUGUAUUUUGUAAGGAUAAUUUCUGUGGCGAUUGCAAUCGUAUCAUUUUUGGGUGUGGUUUUUGGCAGUCACGAUGGAAGUACCACUUUUGGGGUGUUGAAAAAAGGCGCCAGAUUACUCCAUAAGGAGGAAAUUGUGGUACCAAGAAAGUUCUUUCGCGUCGUCGAAAAGAAGAUCAACUUUCAACCCCAGCUCCAUAAAAUAAGCGCAAUUGUGAUCACCGACAAUAGCGAAUCGAAAGGAGGUAAGGCUUCUUUACUCGAAGGAGGUCCCACGGCCAAUUUUGCCGUGAUACUGUUCAAAUCAGCUCGAAAUCGUGGUCUUAAUUUUACACUGGAAAUAUUCGACGUUGCCCCGGAUUGCUUUAGAUGUAAGACGAGUGGUUAAUUUGGUUUUACAAAAUUUAAAUAAUUUUUUAAUUUCCGUAAAUUAAUAUUUUUAUACUAUUAUUUUAAAGGUUUAACUUAAAUAGGAACUAUAAAAAUAAAAACGUAUAUUAUAUGGACUUUUAAAAAAA